UAUUAACCACUAUAUGGUUAUGUCGUUCCCCAUUCCCCAUAUUGAGCCAAGUAAAAAAAAAGAAAAAUGUGUUCUUUGAAUUUUAUAGUGUUAUGUACUAUGUUAAAUAAGUAGAGAAAUACAUUUUUUGUACCAACAUGUCGUACCUACAAACAACAUUUAUACAUGCAUGUAUGUUCACUAAAACACUAACUUACAGGCAGCUGACAUAUUUCAGAAGAAACUUUCAUUGCGUUUUCAAACCUGAUUUUAGAUUCGUUUGUUUUACACUUGGGAACCAGAGAAGUAUUCAUAUACAUAAAAAUAAAGUUUUAUCAAAGGAGGACACUGAAAGCCACCAAAGAAAUUCACAGUCUGCAGCACAUUUAAAAGAUGAAGAUAACAUUGUGAGUUUUCAGUUCAAAAACCUUCAAAAUACCACAGGAACCAACAGCUUCAGUCAUAAGGGAAAAGGAAAAUAUAGAUUACAUAAUAGAAUCUUGUCAGAGGAUUGCUUUGAUGAUGAUAAACAAAUGAUGGAAUCAGUAAAGAACUUGCAUAUUGAAGACCAGUUUGGAAACUUGGCAGGAGAAAAAAUAAAGAGUUAUGAUAAUGAUAAUUUACAUAUUGAUAGAGAUCAAAGUAAAAAUAAUGUUCAAAAGAAAAGUUGGAAUAUUGACACAAGUGAUAGACAAUUUGGUAAACAGAGACAAAGUAGGCAGAGAAACCCUUCCAAUUCAGAAGCUGAAAACAGAAUAAGUUUCAGCAAAAAAGAUGCAAAAUGGAGAAAUACAUUUGGUACCUUAAGUAAUGAAGUUGAAGACAGUAAACAAGAAAUAUUUGAUGAACCGUUUGAUGAGAAAGACAUGAAACCUCACAUUAGAUUGACUAGUAAAGAUAGACGUAAUGAUCCAGAUUGGUAUGGAAGAAAAAUAGAGGAAUAUGGAAAGCAGGGAAAGGUAAAAGAAGCUAUUAGAGUUUUUGAUGUUUGGAUGUUGGAACAUGAUAGAGUAAUGCCAAACAACUUUGUCAUGUCUCAGCUUUUGUCUGUGCUUGCCAAAGCUGGGUAUACAAAGAAAGCUUUUCAAGUCUUUAACCAGAUGAAAAAGCUAGGGAUUGUUCCAAAUAAUUACAUCUACUCUGCUCUAUUUAAUGCCUGUGCAAACUCUCCAUGGCCUGAGGAUGGUUUACAGAGAGCCAGUAUCCUCUUACAAGACAUGGCUGUAAAAGACAUUACACCUAACACAGUAACAUACCACUCUAUGAUCAAAGCAUUUGCUUUCUGUGGUGAUGCUAGGACAGCUUUCCUCUUGGCAGAUAAGCUGACAAGCAUAGAGAAAAUAUCUCCCAAAGGUUUCAGCCAUUUACUGAUGGCAGCUAUAGCUGAUAAAAAAGCUGGCUUCUGGUACGCUGUUCAGAUUUGGAGAUGGAUGUUAAUAAAACGUGUGCAGCCUGAUCUUAAGUUAUAUAACUUGAUGUUACGUGUGAUAAAAGACUGUGAGAUCAGUGAUCCUAAACUGACUAAGAUGUUGCUAUCACCAAUAAAUCCUGCUGCAACAUUAAAACUACUAAAGGGAGAGAAGUCAGGAAAAACAGAAGAAUUUUUAAACAAAAGAGACAUCUUGUCCCUUCCAUCUACAGAAAGUACAGACAAAGGAAAUGAACUAGAGGACACUUUUCCUCAAUCAGAAAGCUGUAACUUUGAUUUAAAACUAAAUGAAAGAUCAGAGACACUUAAAAUGACAGAUCAGGAGAGUAAAAACUCAUCUGAUAUUGUUGAAGUAUCCACAUUAAAUGAAAACGUUCCAACUGUAAAAUUACCAAAUGUUUUGAAACCUAGUGAAGAUUUUUCCCACAUUAUCUCAGUAAGUGAUCUAUCAACGCGGUGUGACAGGUUUGCCUUGGUUGGAGGAAUGAUGGGAUAUUUUAAAGAUAUGGAAAAAUAUAAUGUGACACCAAAUGUGGAAACAUUUGAUCAAAUGUUAUCACUCAUCAGUCCAGAGGAAGAACAGACAAUGCUUGAUGUUAUGAAGAGUAAAGGAGUCAAACCAGAUAUAGAUCUCCUUACAAAUUUGAUGUACAAGAGAUGUAAAUCUAUGAAGUAUACAACAGCAAAGGAAGUCCUACAGGUGAUAGCUUCUAAUAAACUUGUACCAAACAUGAGAACAUACAGUGUUCUGGCCAUGACCUGUGUGACCUUGAAGGAUGGUAAAGAACUACUUCAGAAUAUACGGGAUGCUGGAAUUAGUCCAAAUAUAACAGUUUAUGGAGCACUUAUACGUAGAAGUCAUUUGAAUUUUUAUUAUAAAAAGGUUUUAUUGAAAGAAAUGGAAAUGGAGGGAUUGAAACCAAAUACCAAAAUCUUACAGACAAUAGAAAUUCAGCUUAAGAAGGCCAGAAACAAGAUAUUAGAAAAGGAAAAGGCCAAUGAAUUUAAUACUGCAGAGUAUAAGAGAUUUGAUGCUAAUUAUGAAGAUUUUAAAAAGUUCUACCAAGCAUGGCUACAUAGAAUGGAUUUGGAUGUACCUGAACAUCCUUGGACAUCUUUUAGAGAAAAGAAAAUGGUAGAAACAAAAUGAAAGCAUUUCAGAUUGAGCAAUUGUUCACAAGAAAUUAAAUGUACAUUGAACUGCUGAUUUUAGAAAUAAAUAGACAUAUAAAUCAUU